AACCGCAUCCGGCAAGGUGUAUUAAUCGGGUCGUAUCACCAUAAACCCCACGGACGGCAGUCGCUGUAGCACCUUCGACGGUGACCUCGGACAUAACUUCCUUCGUGAUUCGAGCCUGAACGACCAUGGUCCGGUCUCUCCUGCCGUUGGGCGCUGCCCUACUCGGCGCAACCGCCGUUCUAGCCGCCGAUAUCCCGACAUGUUCCUUGGAUAAGAAGUGCCCGAAGGAGGCACCCUGCUGCUCUCAAUAUGGCCAAUGCGGUGUCGGCGCCUACUGUCUCGGCGGCUGCGACCCGCGCAUGUCCUUCUCGCUCGACUCGUGUGUCCCGGAGCCGGUGUGCCAGUCCAAGACGUACAAGAUGGACUCCCUCGACCGGUACAAGGACAUCGCCGAGUAUCUCGGUGAUCCUAGCGAAGCAGAUUGGGUGGGCCAGGGCGAGCCGGUCGUCUACAAUGGCAACGUCCUGCUCACGAUGCCGCCGAAGUCCGUCGGCACUGUCCUCGCCACAUCGACGUACCUGUGGUAUGGCAACGUCAAGGCGAAGCUCAAGACGUCGAGGGGCAGGGGUGUUGUGACGGCUUUCAUCCUGCUCAGCGACGUCAAGGACGAGAUCGACUACGAGUUUGUCGGCGUGGACUUGAGCACCGCCCAGACCAACUACUACUUCCAGGGCAUUCCCAACUAUGACCAGUCCUUCAACAUUACCGAGUUGUCCAACACAUACGACGAGUUCCAUGAAUACGAGAUCCAGUGGACGCCUGAUGAGAUCAAGUGGCUCGUGGAUGGCAAGCUCGGCCGCACCAAGAAACGGGCGGAGACGUGGAACGAGACGGCGCAGCAGUGGGACUACCCGCAGACGCCCGCCCGUGUGCAGAUCUCCAUCUGGCCCGGCGGUCUCGAGAGCAAUGCCAAGGGCACUAUCGACUGGGCCGGCGGCGUGAUCGACUGGAAUUCCCAGGAGAUCAAGGACUACGGCUACUACUUCGCCACCUUCGGCGAGAUCACGGUCGAGUGCUACAACGCGAAGUCGGCGCCUGGCACCAACAAGGGCAAGUCCUACUACUACAACGACAUCUCGGCCACCAACAACACCGUCGUCGACAGCGACAAGCCGACCAUCCUCAAGAGCUUCCUCGGGACGGGCACAGACAUGAACAAGGGCGAGACCACCAAGUCCGGCAGCGCCACUGCUUCGGCGUCGUCGGUCAACGCCAUCCCCGGCGGCGGCUCGGCUCCCGGCGGCCAGAUCCCGGGCGCCGGCAACGCCGACACGAAUGCCGGCUCCGGCUCGGGCUCGAGCUCCGGGUCGUCUGGUGGCUCGAGCGCCGGUACCGUGUCCGGGUGCGCGGCCACUGGGUUCGCCCAGUCCUGCAAUGAUGGCAAUGCUGCUGGUUCCAACAGCAACAGUGGCGCCGUCCGCGAGCGCACGCUCGGGGCCAGUGCGUUCGCCGGCAUUGUUGGCUUUGCUGCUCUGCUUCUAGUCUGAGUAAUCGGGUGAUGCAGUGAUCUAUCUGUUGGGGAGAGCAAAUGUCUUGUGCCAUCUGUUUGGCUGUUUAACCCACGGAAGAAGGGGGGGGUACUCAAAUGUUUGCAUGCCAUUGGUGCCGCGAUACGACUCAUCAUCCUAAUCUUGUUCUUAUUUCUUGUAUCGACUUGAUGCCAUACACACGCUAUUUUACGGUUUUCCCU